AUGUGUGACCAGCAGAAGCAGCCCCAGUUCCUGCCAUGUUGUGUGAAAGGCUCAGCUUCAGGGCCCAUCCAAACUAGCCAAGGCCUAGCUCCUUACCAGGCACAAGUUUCCUAUGGGAAUGGACCAGAGCCAUGCCAGUCUAAGACUUCCUUUGUAACAGGCACCUCUUCUUUCUUCCAGAAAGGCCAAUCUAAGAGUUCUUGUGUGAAAUGUCCACCUCCAUGCCAGACUACCUAUGUCAAAUGCCCCCCUCCAUGUCAAACCACCUAUGUGAAAUGUGCACCUCCAUGCCAGACUACCUAUGUGAAAUGUGUACCUCCAUGCCAGACUACCUUUGUGAAAUGCCCAGCUCCAUGCCAGACUACCUAUGUGAAAUGUCCAGCUCCAUGCCAAACUACCUUUGUGAAAUGCCCACCUCCGUGUCAGACUACUGCUGUGAAAUGCCCACCUCCGUGUCAGACCACCUCUGUGAAAUGCCCACCUCCAUGUCAGACCACCUCUGUGAAAUGCCCAGCUCCUGCCCAGGCACAGGCUGAUGUCAAAUGCCCAGCACCCUGCCAGACACAGACUUGCUAUGUCCAGAGUACUCCUUGCCAGACGCAGACUUACUACAUGCAGGCUCCCUCUGUCCGGUACUUGGCUCCACAGUACAUGGUGCCAUCUUCCUACUAUGCUUCCAAUUCCUGUGGUACCACUUGCUGCCCUGCUGCUCCCAUGAGCUUUGGGGUGAGGCCUUUGAGGCGCUGGAUCCGUGGGCCCCAGUGCCGUGAAGAAAUCACGGGCUGUGCAGAUUCUGGCUGUUGUAGCUCUGGCUGCGGCAGCUCUGGCUGUGGCAGCUCCGGCGGUUGUAACUCUGGCUGUUGCGAAGGUGGGUGCUGCUGCUUGGGAAUCAUCCCCAUGAGAGCCUGUGGCCCUGCCUGCUGUGCCAACAAUGAAGAUGACUGCUGCUGUUAG